AUGCGCGCUUCCACCAUCAUCGCUCCGCUUUUCUUCGCGUCCACAAGCCUCGCCCAGGCUGUCGAGGAGGGCAUUGCGCCCGAUGCUCCUGCCCCCGAGGGCUGCCUGACUACCGUCGAGACGCCCUUCCGGAUUGGCACACUCGAGAACCCCGACCUGAGUAAGCGCGAAACCGCUCAAGAAGCAUCAGAUGGAGACCUCCUCUGCACCCUCGAGGACGGCAUCCUGCACGACCAAUACGGCCGCACCGGCUCCAUUGUCGCAAACCAACAAUUCCAGUUCGACGGCCCACCCCAAGCCGGUGCCAUCUACACAGGCGGCUUCUCAGUCUGCGGCAACGACUCGCUUGCCAUUGGCGGCAGCACGCGCUGGUGGCGCUGCAUGAGCGGUGCCUUUGGCAACCUGUACGACCAGUCCAUCGGCGCCCAAUGCCACGAGAUCCGUAUUCAGGCCAUCUACGAUGAAUCCGCGUCGGCGAGCAGCAGUCGCAGCAGCAGCGAGGCCAUGGCAAGCAGCACCAUGAGCAGUGCCCUGUCUGGAUCCACUAGCAUCAUCUCCGCCAGCGAGACGAGCGGCCUGACGAGCGAAAGCAGGACCAUGACUGGAAGUGGCUUCUCGACUGCUACUCCCUUCUCCAACAGCGCGACUGCGACUGGCUCCGACAGUGCGGAUGCCACUUCUACCGGUGAUGCGGCUGCUCCUCCUGCUGAGGGAGCCGCUUCGUCCGUGUCCAUGGCUCCUUUUGCCAUGUUUGGCGCGUCCAUGGUCUUCCUCGGCGCUGCUUUGGUGCUUUAG